AUGGAUCGUACCCACAAAAAGGAUGUCAGUACUAUUGGUGCCAGUGAAGAGCUGUGUUGUUGUACGUUUGAUGAAGACCUAUCUUGCUUCCAUUUUGCAGUUUAUGAAGAUGUCAUAAUUGCUGAACAUCUGUAUUCAACUGCAUUGGUUCUAAUUGUGAGUCGUCGAUCACCACGUAAACUUCGAGUUCAUAAUUACGAGGAAGGCAAAGAGAUGGGCACUUAUAGCUAUUCGAAUAAUAUAGUUGCUGUUAAAGUCAACCUUUCGCGUGUGGUUGUUUGUUUGAAAGAAACAAUUCAUGUGCAUGACAUCCAAACAAUGGAAGAAAGAAAGGAAUUGGCCUGUAAUCAUCGUGGUUUAGUUGCACUAUCAUCUGCAGAAACCUCUUACAUUGCUUAUGCUACCUCUUCGACAUUCGGUCAGGUGGAUGUGUUUGAUGCGGUGAAUUUAAGUGUAGUGCUUACUAUAGACGCUCAUGAUUCACCAUUGGCUGCACUCACGUUGAAUAGAAGCGGUAGUUUAUUGGCGACUGCAUCGAAUAAGGGUACUGUUAUACGAGUUUUUUCGUUACCGUAUGGCGAUCGACUUUUUGAAUUUUGUCGUGGUAUGACCAGAUUAUUAUCAGAAACACUUUCAUGCAUUUGGCGGUCAUCUUCAGCGUGGACUGAUUACUUGUCACGUAGCGCCACCAACUAUCUUCCCACCCAAAUGAGUGACAUUCUACAACGUGAAACCUCGUUCGCAUAUGCAAGACUUCAGUUUCCUUCAUCAUUUUCUUCUCUUGCACUCAUCAGGUAUUGUUAUUGCUAUUGCACGUCGUCUCACCAUUUACAACUUCUGGUAGCAUCAGUCGACGGUUUCUUGUAUUGUUAUUCAGUACCGCUUGAUGGUGGUGGUUGUGAGUGUCAACUGAUCCAACAACAUGAUUUACUUGUCCAGGCAUCCCAAUCUGCGACUUUAAGGUAG